GCCAGUCACCAUCGCCUAACAGCUGAAAAUCAACGAAUCACUUCAAUUUUUCAUUUCGCAUUUUCUCAGUGGUGAAGAAGAAAAAGAAAAUAUGGGCCGGAAAAAGGGGGUUCACCUGGUGCACGACGGACCGCCGGACGAUUUCGACCCGGAAAACCCGUACAAGGACCCGGUGGCCAUGCUCGAGAUGCGUGAGCACCUCGUCAGGGAGAAGUGGAUCGACAUCGAGAAGGCCAAGAUCCUGCGGGAGAAGGUCCGCCGGUGCUACCGCGUCGAGGGGGUCAACCACCUCCAGAAGUGCCGCCACCUCGUCCACCGCUACCUCGACGCCACCCGCGGCGUGGGAUGGGGCAAGGACCACCGCCCGCACGCCCUCCAUGGUCCGAAGGUGGAGGCGCCUGAUGAGUGACUUGGUGGAGUUGCAGAUGGGAAUAUUAUUUGAGGCAAUCAAGUUUACUGCAGAUAAUGCAUGUGGAGAGUUUCUGGAUGUUAAUCAGGUGGUAAAGCGCAAAAAAUGCUUAGUUGCUAGCGUUAAAAGCAUGAAUCAUCACUGGACUUGCUUGCAUCUCUCUCAAGAGUCCAAAAAAAUUCCCCUAUUCGCUGCCCUUUCUUGGUCACCAAGCAUUCGUUCAGAGGAGAGGUCCACUUUGAUAGUAAGAGUGUAUCUUACUUGUGGUUAGUUAUACCUCAAAUGGAUGGAUAAAGACAAAUAAUGUUAACUAGUGCAAGAAUUUGUUAUUAUUUUAUGUGUGGUUGAGUUUAUGAAGUGCGAGUAUACCUUCAUAUCAUUCCUAAACUAUUUGAUAUUGUUAAUGUGGAAUCAGUGGUCCGGAACCAAGAACUCAUUCUCUUGCAAAUCUUAGAAUGCUAACUAGCCAACACUAGCAGAGCCAGUAUAGGAACUACAGUUUUACAGAAAUAGGACAUAUGUUAUUCUGUUUGUUUGAAAAGUGAAUUACAUAAUUUCUUGGUGAUUUACUACUAAGAAUAGUAAAAUACAAAAACAUCAUUUGUGUAACUUGACGUGCAUCUUGAGUUUUCCCCUGUCUGUAUUUCAUAUCAUGUUGUGACCCUCCUUUUGAUCUCCUUUCCUGCAUUUACCCAUGAUGACAACAUUAUUUCAUUGGUACAGAACUAUACAAGGAAAAGCAGCCAAGUUACAUCUCAAACAUAUUAAGCUGAUGUUGAAGAGUUACAAAAUGGUCCCCGAGCAAUUUGAAUUUGAAGGGGACAAAAUUGCAACAUUUUUGCAAGUUGCAAGGGGACUUUUUUUGUUGCAAAAAACGACGUUUUUGCAAACAUAAUGGACGAAAUUCAAAACAGCAAUUCGAAGGGGACGGAAAAGUU